AGCGGGAAACCAAAAUGGCGAACGUGCAAGGGGAAAAUGAGUCGUUUGUUAUUUUCUGAGGAAUGCACAAGUCUUUCAAGUUCUCGGACAAAUAAUUCUAAAGCAAUUUAAACACAAGCGGAGCGGUAAAGCAAAGCCUGGCCUAUACAGAAUUGUUUUGUCGUCUAAAUAUUUAGUUAAAGCGGAGGUGACCGAAUGAGAGACUCAGGGGUUGUGGAUCACCUUUCCGUCCAUCACAGAGCUCACCCACAGCGGCAAGAGCAGGCUGUGUCCUUGUCACCUAGCAGCCUGUCUGGAAAGGGGGAGUAUGGAGAAGACGGCAUGUCUGUCAGGUUCACAGAAGGGCAGGACGUGUUGGCUCGGUGGUCAGAUGGCUUGUUCUACUUGGGGACAAUCACAAAGAUAGAUCAGGAUAAAGAGCGAUGCUUUGUAGUUUUUGAGGAUCGUUCAAAGUCGUGGGUUCUUUGGAAGGACAUACAGACGGGGAAUGAAGAUGAGGAAGAUGAUGAGGAUGAUGACAUCGUGUGCUCAAUAUGCCAGGAUGAAACUUCCGAAGAACCCAACGAGAUUGUUAUUUGUGACAAAUGUGGACAAGGCUACCAUCAGCUGUGUCACUCCCCCAUCAUCAAUGCUGCCGUUAUUGACUCUGAUGACAAGUGGCUGUGCUCAGAAUGUGAAAUCGCUUCCAUACAUAAGAGGGGAAGUGGACACAAGAGGGCGGUAUCUUCCAGAAGCUUUUUGUCACAAGAGCCACAGCAGCAUAUGGAUGUGCACCUGUCCCUCCCAUAUAGCCUGGAGAAACUGGUUUGGGACCAGGACCACAAAACGAACACCCAGCAGUGUUACUGCUACUGUGGAGGUCCAGGAGACUGGUACCUAAAGAUGCUGCAGUGUAAGAGGUGUCAGCAGUGGUUCCACGAGGCAUGUCUCCAUUGCUUACAGAUGCCCAUGCUCUAUGGAGACAGGUUUUAUGUGUUCAUCUGCUCUGUUUGCAACCGGGGACCAGAGUACCUCGAUCGACUGCCUCUCAGCUGGAAAGAUGUUGUACACCUGAGCCUAUACAACAUGAGUGUGAUUCACAAGAAGAAAUAUUUUGAUUCUGAGAUGGACCUGAUGGUGUACAUUAACGACAACUGGGAGUUGCUGCAGCUCGGAGAGCUCGCCAACACACCAAGAUCAGAGCGGUAUGAAAAUGUUUUGGAGGCCUUAAACAACAAUAACUGCUUGUUCAUGUCUGGGAAGGAGGUAAAGAAAAAGAAGCACUUGUUUGGCCUAAGAAUCCGUUUCCCCCCGGCGGCCCCAAACAGCGACGAGCCAAGCAACAGAGUGAUCGAAAAGGCUUCGCACGAAAUCACCAUCAAGGGAUGCAAGUCCACCAAAGCACUGUCUGGUAUAAGUCCCAGCGCUUUAACCAAUGGCACAGAGGAGAUGAAGAAGAAGAAGAAGAAAAAGAAAAAGAAAAAGAGGAAGCAAGCACGUCCUCUGGAGACUCUGGCUAAACCACAACGCACCAGUGAGCUUUUGUCCCAGGAAAAAAGAAAGUCUCUCCCACUGGAGCCACACAUGUUGGAUCAUUUAACUUCCAUCAAAAGUGACAGGUCUCUGCUUUCUUCACAAACGUCAGAUGUGGAGUCCAUUGGAGCCCUCAGCACCUCAGAAACUACCUCAACUAGCAUUUCUAGACAGUCCAGCCUCUGUAGCUCCAGUAGGACGCAUACCACAGCUGGCCACAUGCCCAUCUCAUCUCCACCUUUAAAAAGGAAACGUGGACGGCCACGACGGGCCCUGCAGCCCCCAAACCCAGAGAUCCCCCCGACCAGCCAAGCGGACACUUCUCCCCUCUCUGCUGCAGAGAUGCUAAGCACCCUUCCAGGGCUUCACUCCACGGACAUAAUUCACGGAAUGGACCCCAACAGUCAGCUCUCGCACCUAAAAAGCUCAAUCAGCAGUUAUUUUGGAGCAGCAGGGCGCCUGGCGUGCGGCGAGAAGUACAAAGUGUUGGCUCGGCGAGUCACUCUGGAUGGCAAGGUGCAGUAUUUGGUGGAGUGGGAAGGAGAAUCUGCUCUAGUUAAUGAGGACAUACUAAGGCUCUUAUAAAUCCAGUCUGUUGACCAAAAAGAUGGAUGUGUGCAGCAAGGACAAGUUUUCCUGAUUUUCUUCAAGACUCAGCGAUGUGAUGUCCAUCUGUUCCAGCCAGACUUUGCAUCAGGGGAGGCCUUUCAGUGGGCCUGCUGAGAGGCGUGCUGUGGCUGGCGAGCUCAGUCCACCAUCCUGCAGCUCUCAGUCUCCCUCAUUCAGGGCUCAGUCAGCAGAGAUGCAGUAUGUCUCUGCGAGGAAAAAGCCCGGCUGUGUCCGACAGGAGAACGCCUGCCUUACCACACUGGACGAGCAGCUCAUCAGUGAUCUAGAUGUUUUGCAGUGUGAACAGGCAACCUCCUUUUCGCAGGCCCAUCUGAGAGGCUCUAGGAUGAUGGUUAAUCACAGCAUGACCGAACGGAUUCGUCAGCUGGAAGAAGAUCUAGAGGCUCAGGCCAGAGAAUUACAGGAAGCGGUGAUGAGGGCAGAGUGCUGUCAGGAAGCAGCGACUCACAGUGACAUUGUGGUGACAGCACUUACUGGAGAGCUUAAUACACUUAGAGAUGAACUGGAGAACAAAAUAGCUCUUGGAAAAAGGGCUGAGCAGCAAAGGAACCAAGCACUUCUAAAUGCCGAAAAAUUCAAAGAAGCCUUCAAAGAUUAUAAGGCCACAAUCUCCAUGAAACUUAACAAGAUGAUGGAGAGUGAGAACAAACUGAAAGAGAGUCUGAUUGAGUUUAAUGUAGAGAAAGAAGAGCUGGAGAGGAGGUUUUGUGUGUUGAAGAGAGAGAAAGAACAACUAUCUCAGACAGUCAGCCAGAUGCAGGGGGAGGCCAGGCAAGCCGAGGCUACUGCUGCUAAGCUCCGAGUACAAGCCGAAGAGGUUGGACGCAAAGCCUUACAUCUGGAGCAGCAGCUUGCAGAGCAAAAUGCCCAGCGCAGGGAGACGGGCUCUCUGUACAGGGAGCUGGAGGAGCUCCGGGCUUUGACCCGCAGCCAGGAGCAAAGGGUGACCCAGAGCCACAAAGAGGCUCAGCAGAGUCAGUCGGAGCUGGCCUGCCUGGAGGCCAUAUUAAAGCUGCUGCACCUACGAGAGGGGACGGUUGGGCAGCUGUGUUCCAGUCCUUGUAUGUUGCCCGCUGUGGAAAAUUCAGGAACUUCACAUCCACUGAAUCUGAAACCAGGUGAAGGCUACCAGCAGCUUCUGAAAGCUCUGCAGCAGGUAGAAGCGGAGCGCCUGAAACAGAGCAGCCUGAAUGAGCGUCUGCAGGAGCGUUUGAGCCGAGCCAAGGAGGAAAUCUCUUCCCUGCAGAGCUCCAUGGCCCAGAGAGCAUCCCACUACCAUGAUCUCCACACAGAGCUGAUGAACAAAGUCAGCCGAGCUACAGACACAGAGAAGGAGUUAAAGAGAAAAACUGCACGAGUCGCAGCCCUGGAGAAACAGCUGCAGGAGAAAACCUCGGCAUACAGCCUCGCUGCGCUGAAGAACACUGAGCUUGAAAAUCAACUUGACGAGAAGAGCAGCACUCUUCAGCACUAUCAAUCACUGAUGAGCAAAAAGCAAAGAGAGUUCCAGCAGACUUUGGAGAAGUGUAAACAGUCUCAGUCUCAACAGCUGAUAGAGCAAAAACACAGAAUAGAAAUGCUGCAGCUGUCGAUGAAGGAGGCUCAGUCUCGGCUGUCUGAGAUGGAGGAGGAGUUGGGUUCCCUGCACAGGGAACGAGACGAGGCUCAGAGAGCAGCUCUCGCACUUCAGAGCUCUUUAGAGCAGCUCACACAGGAGAAGCAGGCUGAGUUCAGACAGAACCAGGAGCUUCUGCAGAGCUUCAAAGAGCAGGCGUCUCAGUCUGCCGCCAAGAUGUGUGAGCUUCAGUCGUCUCUCGCGGCAUGCAGAGAAGAGCUGAACUGCAAACUGCGGCAGAUGGAGGAGGUCAGGGGGAGCUAUGAGAAUGAGCUUCAGAAGAAGAGUGACAAGGUGGCCUCCCUGCAGGAGAAGCUCCACGGCGCUGGCCUGCUUUGCCAGAGCUCCACUGAGCAGAACUUGCAACUGCAGCUGUCUCUGCAACAGCAGGAGAGUAUGCUGACGGAAAGCACUGCGCGGGUCUCUGAGCUGGAGGAGAGCCAGAGUCUACUGCAGAGACAGGUGUCCUGCCUGGAGAAGCAGCUGGAACGAACUCGGGCCUCUCUGCAGGUUGAGGUUAACAGCAAACAGGAUGAUGCCAAGAUGAAUGAAAAAAACCUCCAGGAGAUGAACCAACAGAACACGGAGCUCUCCAGGUCUAUCAGCCAUCUUACGUCACAGAUACAAGUGUGUCAAGCCGAACUGGUUACUAAAGAGUCCGAGUUUGAGAGUCUGAGGAGAGACGUGGCCACCAAGACAUCUCAUAUCAGCGGCCUGGAGGGCAGCCUGCAGCACACUGAGAGCCAGCUUCACAGCAAGAGCAACAUGGCGGAGGAUCUGGAGAAGAAGCUCCAUCAGUGUGACGUAGAUCGCCAAAGCUGUGCGCAGAGAGCCCAGAUCCUGGAGGGGCAGUUGCAGAGCGUUGAGGGGGAAUUGGCCAACACUCUGAAGCAAGCACAGGAACUCAAGGAUGCUCUGCAGAGAACUCAGACCAUAUCUGAUGAGCGGCAAGCCCAACUAGACAAGCUAACUGUUCAGCUCAGUGAGACCCAGAGGGAGUUGGAGGAGAGGACUCAUGAGUUUCUCGACAUGGACAGUGCCAUGAAAGAAAGACAGGGGGAGCUGCAGCAGAGAGCAAAUCUGCUCGGCCAGUUGGACGUGGCCAUCCGGGACCACAAGCAGCAAAUGGAGAUGAAGGUGGAGUCUCUGCAACAGACCCUGGAGGCCAAAGAGAAAGAGCUGAGAGAUGCGCAGCGGGAGCUCACCGACAGAAACACAAAGGAGUCGCAGGAGCUUAGCGAGCAGCUGUGUUUGUGUCAGCAGAGACUUAAGAAAUUGUUAAAAGAACUCGAAAUCUCUCAGUAUCACUGUGAGGCCCAGACCAGAGAUCUUGAAGCCACCAAGUUACAGACCAAAAUGACGGAGGCCCGGCUGUGCAGCCUGGAAGAGGAGUUUACCCUGAAGGAGGCGCGGUGGCUGCAGGCAGAGGCCAGUCUGCAGAGCACGGUCUCUGCUUUGGAGCAGGAGCUACAGCUGGAGAGGGAGCAGCACAGCAAAGAGCUGGAGUCUCUGCAGGAGACUCGAGGCCAGCUUCUUAAAGUCUCUGAGCAGAUCUCUUCCACCAUGCGCUCGUCCCAGGAGCAGCUUAACGUCCGGCUCCAGCAGACCCAGGCCCAGCUGGAGGAGGCCAAGGCGCGCUACGAGCAGGCCAGAGCCCAGCUGGACCAAGCUAAGCUGGAGCUGGACCGCGCCCAGAGCCGGGCCGGUCACCUCCAGACCGAGUUAGACCAGAGCCAAGCCCGGCUCCUACAGAGCACAACCCAGCUGGAGCAGAGCAGGACUCUCCACGAGCGGAGCAGCGUGCAGAAUGGUCGUCUCCACGCACAGCUCCAUCAGCUCGCCGCGGAGUUGAAUCAAACCAGAGCGCAGGUUGCGCAGCUCCAAACGCAGCUACAUGCCUCCAAGCAGUCCAUGGAGACCUCUGUCGAUUCCCUGCUCAUCAAGGAGUCUGAGGUGACCCGCCUCCAGGCCAGGAUUUCAAGCUGGGAACGAGCGGUCGAUCGACGGGACCUGCUCACGCAGACACCCCCCCUGCCCGCUCUGCCCGGAUUCCCCGACCUCCCACAGCCCUCUCGCUCCACUCACUUGCCUCCUUCCUCCGCGAAAAGUUUAUCAAUACCUCUCCGCAGCCCUUCGGACGCUCACUCGGUGGACCUGCGCUCUCCGACAAACACCAGGCCCUGCUCCUCCCCUCCAGCUCAUCCUGAGCCCACCUCAGCUCCUCACCCCGACGCGCGCCAGCUGACGCGGGACUGGCUGCAGGGCAGCGAUACCGACUCCUCCCUGGACCUCCCUCCGAGCCUCAAAGCCACGCUGAGGGAAGCGCUGACCACUCACCCUUGGGAGUCCAGCUCGGGCUCCGUUUCCACUUUCACCGAUGCGGCGGACCACAGCUGGCAGGGCCUCUGCGCCGCCGAGGCCACGGCGGCCUCCGACCUCUCUUUCAACCCGCUCACGUACAUGACGGACAGACAGGAGGACCCGAACGCGGAGGCCUCCUCGGAGCGGGACGGAAAAGACGAGCCGCACAGAGAGUCAAGGAGGGAGUCUGAGAGCACUUUGGUGGGCCAGGAGGAGGAGGAAGACGAGGAGAUGAAUAUGACCUCACUGACGGGGAUGCUGAAGUUUGUAAAUCAGACAUUAGCCAUGCAGCAGGAUCCAUCUGUGUGGGGCGCCCCAAAGUCAAAGCAAACCUGAUCCAGUGUUACACUACAGGGAGAUCUUGGAGAAAAAAGGUCAAAAGUGAUAUCCUCACAUCUUUAAAGAUGUAUUCUACCUUUUAUUUAUUUAUUGACAUAUUAAUGUGUGUUUUGGAAGAAAAUGAAUAGGCUGAUUUAGAUCAAGUCUGAUUUUCAGGUUGCAUAUUAGUAUCUCUUUAGCUUUUUAAUGAUGUAGCAUAUUUCAUGAUGUAAAAUGUCAUAUUUAUACACGCAUGUGCGUCUUGAUUUUG